AUGGCGCAAUCCACCGCCCACCGCCGGCUUCUCCAGGAGUACCGCGCCCUCACCAAUAACCCGCCGGACGGCAUCACCGCCGGCCCAGUAUCCGAAGAUGAUCUCCUACACUGGGAAGCACUGAUUCAAGGGCCCGAAGGCACGCCCUUCGAGGGUGGUGUGUUCCCCGCUGAGCUCAAGUUCCCCAAGGACUACCCGCUUGCGCCGCCGAGCAUGAAGUUCCUGGGAGAGAUCUUCCACCCCAAUGUAUAUCCCAGCGGCCUGGUAUGCAUUUCCAUCCUGCACCCACCUGGCGACGACCCCAACCACUACGAGCAUGCCUCCGAGCGCUGGAGCCCCAUCCAGAGCGUCGAGAAGAUCCUGAUAUCCGUCAUGAGCAUGCUGGCAGAGCCCAACGAUGAGAGUCCCGCCAACGUCGAGGCUGCCAAGAUGUGGCGGAACCACAGGGCCGAGUACGAGAAGAAGGUCCGCGACGGCGUGAGGAGGAUGCUCGGCCUGUGA